GACUUCCAUUCUCGAAAUUUCAAUGGCUUCCUGUUCAUCCUCCUGCACUACGGAUUCUCCUACUGCUAAUGCUUACAGAUAUGACGUUUUCCUAAGCUUUAGAGGCGAAGAUACUCGUGAUUCUUUUACAGAUCAUCUUUAUUAUGCAUUAAAGCGAGCAGGAAUUUGUACUUUUCGGGAUAACGAAGAAAUCAACAGAGGUGAACACCUGAAGCCAGAGAUCGAGAGUGCAGUUAAAGAGUCUAGGGCUUCAAUAGUUGUGUUGUCAAAAAACUAUGCAACGUCCACUUGGUGCCUAGACGAGCUUCUGUUGAUACUCACACAAAGAAGGGAGUGCAGUCAUUUCGUUCUCCCAGUUUUUUAUCACGUUGACCCGUCUGAUGUAAGGAAUCAAAAUGAAACCUUCGAAAUCGAAGUCAAAGCCUCUUCAAAGUGGACAAAUGACAAAGUUAACCUGUGGAAGAAAGCUCUUAAGGAGGUUGCUGAUUUGGCCGGCAUGGUUUUGUCUGGGCCUGAAACAGAGUUUAUAAAGGAAAUUGUUGGCACCAUAUACAAUAAACUGGAUCGUAAAGAAGUCCAUCUCCCAAUCAAUUUAACAGGGAUGGCUACUCGAUACAAGGAUAUCCAUUCUUGGUUAACCGAAUCCAAUGCAGAAUUUUUAACAAUUUAUGGCAUGGGAGGAAGUGGGAAGACAACAUUGGCCCGAUACAUUGUUUACUCAAAUAGCCAAAAUUUUGAAAGCAUUAGUAUUGUUGAAGACAUCGGUAGUAGAUCUAAAGAACCACAUGAUCUACUUCAGAUACAAGAAAAACUUUUUGCAGAUAUUUCCGGAGGAAAGAAGAGAAAAAUACCCAGCGUUUGUCAAGGUACAUUCAAGAUUGAAGAGGCCUUACAAGUGAUGAAAGCACUUAUUCUUCUAGAUGACAUAGUUGAACCGAGCCAGUUGGUAGCUUUACUGGGAUCUGGGCAUAUUAACAAACGAAGCAAGAUUAUAAUAACAACUAGAGAAAACAAUCUAGGUAAAUGGUUCGAGUCUAGGUCUUGGAGGUGUCAAGAAUACCAAAUGAAAUUACUGGAUGAUGAUGAAUCAUUAGAGCUUUUGAGUCGACAUGCCUUCGGAUCCAAAACUCUAAUGGAAGGUUACGAGGAGCUUGCAGAACAGGUAUUGAAGUAUUGUGAAGGAAAUCCGUUGGCUCUAGAAGUGUUGGGUUCCUCUCUAGCGCAGGAUAAUAGCAUUCUAUUUUGGAAUAGUACAUUGAGUUUACUGGGAAGAGAUAUUGAUGUUGGAAUUCAACGUGUACUUAUCAGGAGCUACAACUCUUUGCCACAUGAAUCUAACAAAGAGUUGUUUCUGCAUAUUGCUUGUUUCUUUGUCGGGAAAGACAUAGAUUAUGUGGUGAAGAUAUUGGAGCAUGAUUACUCUGCAGUAUCGGGGAUCAAAAUACUAACCAACAGAUGCCUUGUGUCUGUUUCUGCAAACAAGAAACUAAUGAUGCACCCAUUGCUUCAAGAGAUGGGGAGAAGAAUAGUCCAUCAAGAAUCACCCAAAGACCCUGCAAAACGUAGUAGAGUCUGGCUUAAUAAGGAUUCUUAUGAUGUUCUGAGAAAAGGAAAGGGUUCCAAUACAAUCGAAGGUCUAGCACUUGACAAGAGAAUGUUACAGGAAGAACAACGCGCAUUCAAGGCAUCACACCUCAACACAGAUGCACUUCAAAAGAUGGAUAAACUAAAAUUGCUCCAGCUAAAUUCUGUGCAACUCACCGGGUCAUACGAGAAUAUUUCAGAAGAUUUAAGAUGGCUCUGCUGGCUUGGAUUCCACUUAAGAACCAUACCAUCUGACUUGUUCAUGGGAAAUUUGGUGGCUAUAGACAUGAGCUCUAGCAACUUGGAAGUAUUCGACCCACCCGUGGUUCUUCAAUCGCUGCAGAUUCUAAAUCUUAAAGACUCGUUCAAUCUAUUAGAAAUCCGCAACAUGUCCAGGAUUCCUCAUCUUGAGACUUUGAUUCUUUGGAACUGUCAAAGUCUGGUUCGUGUUUGUGAGACCAUAGGAGAACUGACGAGUCUUGCACUACUGAACAUGACAGGGUGUAAAAAUCUGUGCAAAAGGGAGCAUACAAACCUGUUAGUAAGGCUAGUUGCUUCUACUUUUGGUGGAGCAGUUGGAGAACAACCUACAUUUUCCUUCCCAUAUUCGUUACACCAAUUAUUCCUCAAGGAUUGUUAUCUUGAGUGCACUGAUUCUUUUCCUCUGAGUUUUAGCCUUCAACCAUCUUUGCAGUACUUGAACUUAGGCAAUAGUCUAUUUGAGUUCCUCCCUUGUUAUGAUCAUCUGAAAAACCUGCGGGUGCUUGACUUGUCAUUGUGUUCACGACUUAAAUGCAUUCUGUGUCUUCCAAAUACACUUGCAGAAUUGUAUGUAUAUCACUGUAAAGCUCUGGAGAUAAUAACUUUCAAAUCUCCUCAAUUCACAUUACAAGAGUUUGGCUAUGAAGGUUGCAUUAGUUUGUUUGAAAUCGAAGGCUUUAUCAAAUUAGUUCCUUUAGUCAAGCUUGAAGAAAAUGAUUUGGGACACAUGAAGUGGCUAAAGAAAUAUCAAAAUCUAGAGGUGUGCCUUGUUGGUGAUGAUGAGCUCACUAAAGGCAGAAGUUCCUGUGUCCAGAUAUUGUAUGAAUUCGAUAUAAUGAGCACAUCUCUUCCAGACAUAAAGGAUCCAAACAUGAAGCCUAAGUAUGUAUCCGAAUCUCCCUAUUUGUCCUUUGGGUUGCCUUCAUUUCCCAGGAAUAAGAAGCUCAAAGGACUUAAUGUAAUUUUUAAGUACACAAUAUCCGGUGAUUCUUGGUCGUCAUGGUUUUGUAAAAUCAGUACAACCAAUGGUGUUGAUUUGAUGUACAACCCCAGAGUCUUUGGCAAACCUGAAUUUGGUAAUGUUGGUAUAUGGUUAAGCUAUUGGCCGAUUGGAAACAUAUUGGACACUGGAGAUACGGUUAGUAUCUCUAUUGCAGUAAUGAGGGGAUUGGACGUACAUGAAUGUGGUGUGAGCCUUGUUUACACUGAUGAUAAAGAAGCUGAAGAAAACUUGGGUAAUAACAAGGGAUGGGUAGAAAUUCUUGGAGGAGAUUUGUCCCGAUUUCAACUAAGCACAGGAGCUUACUAUCUUUGUCGCCGUGAUUUCUUUGAGUUAAUGGAGGUUGAUAGACAGACUCCUGAUUGGUUUAGAAUUUUAGUUGGUGAUACCAUAGACUCUACAGGCACCAUAUACGUUUGGACCGGCCAUGGGAUCUGUCGGAGAAGCUUGAGGGGGUUGCUGAUUUUGGUUUGGGCAGUUAUAGUGGUUGAUGCUCAAGAUUCAAGAACACACUUAAAAUUAAUAAAAAUAAGGUUAGGUUGAAGGUGGGGGUAAUAUGGUGUAGUGGUCCACAUAUUUUUUAGUUCUUUUAUAUUGAAAGUAACAAACAAACUAAAAAUAAAUCAAAAAAGAAAUGAAAACGAGCAUUAUUGUCAUUUAGGUUAGGAGGGAUGAAACCUACAAGAUUUAAACAUACGAGGGACAGUCGGAAUUAAUUUUUGAAAAAAGUGACUAAACGUGUUUUUUCCACACGAGGGACGAUUCGUGUUAUUUACUCUAGAAUAAAAGAGGGGGGGAGGCUUAUGUCCAGAUUGUCUAGAAAAUUGGUAGUGUCAUACUUUAGGAAAAUGACUCUUGAGGGUAAUUAACUUUUGCGUUUGUACUCAUUUGGUCCCUUUUUUUUGUAUUCAAUAUACCAUCGAACUUGUUGUUGGUGUUUACCAUAGCCCUUUUGACCGACUUUUGACCUGUGAUAGCCGGUCAAAGGGUUAUGGUGAGCACAAACAACAAGUUCGAUGGUAUAUUGAGUACAAAAAAAGGAAAGAGACCAAAUGAGAACAAACACAAUAGUUGGUUACCCUCAUUAUUCAUUUUCUCUUUACUCAUUUACAGCAAAUCCCACGUCAUCUCCUACUGAAACUAAUGACUAUGAGAUUCAUUAUUGCUUCUCUUCAAAACAUAACUCACGAAAGGACAUUAUUCAUGCAUGUACAAUUUUGUAAUGCACUUGAAUAUUUAUUAGGGGAAUCUUGACUAAGCAGACGCAUUUCAUGAAUACAUUUACAUUUCCAAUCAAAUGAUUUAUCGUAUCAUGGAUUCUAGACAAGUCUACAAAUGAGUGGAUUCAUAAGUGCUGUGAUUUUUGAGUUUACUUAGCUUUAAGAUCGAACUCAUGGGAUA